CACGUUGUCAUUUGCGCAGGGGCGUUUGCUGCCGAACCUCAUUGAGACAAGCGCUGUCUAUUAUCAGAUCAGGGAUAUCAGUCAGUCCUAGUAGAUCUAACGAGCCGGAUCCGCAUCCUUGCUUGUGCGGAUCUACAUCCUUGCUGUUGCGGCAACGUUUCAACACCUCACGCGUCGCGGCUUGUACCUACGACCAAUGGUAGAAUAUGACCUUGUGAAUGGAAACGACUAACAUGGAGUCGAUACCUAUGUCAGUUCUUGUACUUGCGCCGCUAUCUGCCAUCACACUACACGAGCUUGUGUUACGACGGGUUGAGGUUGACCAUCUGGCUUUGCCAUUGAUCGUAACCUCGAGCACGAUUUACUGGGCACUAGUCUACUACAUUGGUUUCUUUUCAGCAACCGUUGUAACGGCAUCCUUCUGGAUUCCGCUAUGGCUGUAUAUUGCUACUUAUCGUGCGUUUUUCCAUCCGUUGAAGGACUAUCCCGGUCCACUUGGAGCGAAAUUGUCGAGUUGGUGGGCUGUCAAGCAGACUUGGGCCAGCAACUUCCAUUACCACCGAGUACAACAGCAGUUACAGAAGGAGUAUGGAGACUAUGUCAGGACAGGUCCACGGGAGCUCUCAAUAUUCGACCCAGCGGCCGUCCAACCAAUCAUGGGCUUUCAGUCAAGGACCACAAAAGGCCCCUUCUACGAUGUCAUGGAGAAGUCGCUACAUCUCAAUCGCGACAAAGUAUUUCACCGUCAGAGACGUCGAAUCUGGGACAACGCCAUGAAAACAUCUCUAUCCGACUUCGCUCCCCACAUCGAGAUGUUCACCGACCAACUAAUCACGCGUCUUAGAGAGGAGGAGGGGAAGGCCGUACCACUUCUCGAGUAUGUUACUUACUACUCCUACGACGUCAUGGCUGCACUUGCGUUUGGAAAGCCGAUGGGCUUUAUCACGGGUCAAUCGAGCGACGUUGCUGAAAGUAUCUUGAGUACGUUCACAAGAGGGGUCAAUGCUCUGGGGCUUAUGUACCACAUGCCUUGGCUCAUGAAUGCUCUUGGAGUGUUAACAUCAAUCGCUGGGCCCAUGAGGGAGUGGAGAGACUUCUCUGUCAAUCAGAUGAAGGCUAGGAUGGCACUCAAAGACGCGAGACCAGACCUCAUAUCUCACCUCAUAAAUAAUACUGCUAAUAACGAAUCUGGCCACAAUCUUCUGUAUGGCGAGUCUCGUCUCAUAAUUAGCGCGGGCAGCGAGACAGUCUCCUCGGCCUUGACGUUCGUAUUCAUGCAUCUCGCAGUGUACCCCUCGUACAUGCAUGCUAUCCGCAAAGAAUAUCGCAAACACGAAGCGGAGUAUAACUGCGAACGUCCGCUCCCACUCCUCGAUGCUGUAAUCCAAGAAUCCAUGCGUCUUUGGCCCUCGGUACUCUUCGCGUCUCAACGCGUCACGCCACCAGAAGGCCUCACGAUAAACGGGCACUUUAUACCGGGAAAUAUGAUUAUCAACAUGCCGCCGUUCACUAUAUACCGAGAUCCCCGCAAUUUUGUUGAUCCUGAUUCCUUUAUUCCUGAAAGAUGGACAGAUAGGCCAGAUCUAGUACUCGAUAAGAGUGCGUUCCAUCCGUUUUCAACAGGGCCGUAUAGUUGUGCAGGAAAGGGACUGGCGAUGAUGGAAUUGAGGAGUGUGGUAGGGAGAGUGUUGGAUGAAUUUGAUAUUGUGCUUCCGGAGGGGUUUGUGUCGGAGCAUUAUUUUGAGGAUAUCAAGGAACACUUCACAGCGGGGCCACCGAGACUGCUGGUACAGUUUGUGAGUACGAAAUAGUAGGUUAGGAACUAUUUAGUUGGUUG